AUGGCCUCGGCGACUCCGGCAGGCGGCGAUGGCCUGGGCGAUGCGAGCGGCGGCAACCUCCCCCGCUUCGAUGGCAGUGGCGGCUACUCCAGCUCGGAUUUGUAUGAUGACAUUUUGGAUGUUAGGUUCUUUUUUGAUGCUUCAGAAAUGUUAGAGCUGAAGCUCUGCAGUUCAGAUGUAACAUACCUGAAUAUGAUUGCAGUGAUGGAAACCCAAGGAUUUAGUGAAUAUGAUCUGCUGUUUCACAUUGAGAAUCCAGAUUUAGGGGAGAAAGGAUUGGAGAUGGUAGAGAGUAAUGCUGAGUUGCAACUAGUAAAGAGGCAGGUUGAGGAGUGUAAGGUUUUAAAUUUGCUAGUGAGGGCAUGUGCACCUCCUUGCAGCAAGUUUCAGAGGCAAGAAUUAUCCACUAUUGUGUUAUAUGAUCUCAGUGAGCCACCCAUCUAUGCUGUUGAUGAAGAAGGAGUUGCCUUUGAAAGUCAGAGUAGCAGCUGCAGUUUAGUAGCUCAUGGUACUGGUGUUUGCACACAAGAGAGCAAGAAUGUAAAAGGAAAACUGAAAGCUAUUUUGGAAAUAGAAGAAGAAGAGGGAUAUGAUGGCAGUGGUGGUUCUGAUUGUGAAGGUGAAGAUGACAGUGAUGUAAACCCUUUUUAUAUGGGUGAUGCUGAUGACAUAGAGAUGGAUGAGGGAAAGAAACAGAGAGAGUAUGAUGAAGUAGAAGAGGAAGAAACAGAUGAUGAAGAAUCUGAGGAGGAAGAAAUGGUGCAUUACUCUGGUGACACAGAGGUUGAGGAACCUUUUGAAAAGGAUGAAGAUGACAAGGUUGUUUCACAGGAUGAAGAAACUGUAAUUGUACAUGAAGAGAAGAAGAAGAAGAAACAGAAGCUUCCAGUUAGGAAAGGGCCUACAACAAGGACACAUUCAAGUGUAGUUCAAGAGGAGGAACCUGAUUUCCAACCUUCAUCUGAUGAAGAACAGAAAGGAUUGUUGAAGGAGGCUGAUGAUGAUGGUUAUGAGCCAUUGGCAUUUGUGCUGCCAAAGAAAAGGAAGAGCAGGGCAAAGCAGAGGCCUCCUAGAAAAUGGUACAAUGAGAAAAUGGAGGCACCACAUGAGCAAUUAUGUCUAAAGAUGUGUUUCAAGGAUCAACAUCAACUCGGAGAGGCUUUGUUGAACUUACACAUCACUCAAGGCAGAAACUUCAAAUAUCAUAGGAACUCAGAUCAAAGAAUAAUUGUAGAAUGCAACCAAAAACAUUGCAACUUCUUUAUGGUGGCAGCAGUUAUAAAAGGUGAAACUACUUUUGUAAUUAAGAAGAUGAGAAUUAAGCACACUUGCCCUAUUAGUACAGGGACAACAAGGGUAAGUGCCAAGUGGCUUGCACAGAAGUAUGAGUCACUGUUCAGAUCUGAUCUGACAACUGGCAUUCAGACUUUGAUUGAUGCCUGCAUGGAGAAGUAUGGUGUGGAUGUGCCCAAGUCAAUGGCAUAUAGGGCAAAGAACCUAGCUAUUGAUGCUGUGCUAGGAGACCACAAGAAGCAAUACCCUAGGUUGAAAGACUAUGCUCAGACAGUGAUGGAUACAAACCCUGGGAGUAGAGUAGUAGUCACUACUGUAACUCCAACACCCACUGAAAAAAUCCCCCAUCCAGGUCCAAGAUUCCAUGCUAUGUUCUAUUGCAUCAAUGGAGCAAGGGAGGGGUUUCUCAAGGGGUGCAGACCAUUCAUUGGUGUUGAUGGGUGCUUCAUUAAGUUAACUACUGGUGCUCAACUACUUGCUGCCACUGGUAGAGAUGGCAACAACAAUAUAUACCCACUAGCAUUUGGUAUUGUUGGGCAAGAGGACACACCUAACUGGUGUUGGUUUCUACACCAACUUAAAAUCUGCCUAGGAGGAGAAGUGGGAAGGUUUGGUCCAUAUACAAUAAUGUCAGAUAGACAAAAGUUUAAUUGUGUGUCCCAGGGCCUACUAAAUGCAGUGAAUGAUGUCUUUCCUAAGUGCAACCAAAGGUUCUGCCUUAGGCAUAUCUAUGCAAACUUCCAAAAUGCUGGGUUUAGGGGGGAAGAUCUGAAAAAGUGUAUGGAUAAUGCUGCCUAUGCAUAUAGUGAACACAAAUUUAACAUUGCAAUGAAUGACCUUAGAGCUGAGUGUGAGCAAGCUUGGGAGUGGCUUUGUCAAAUACCCAAGAAAACAUGGGCAAGGAAUGCAUUUGACACAAACUGCAAGACUGACCUUGUAGUUAACAAUUUAUCUGAGGUGUUCAACAAGUAUGUCCUAGAUGUUAGGAAGAAACCAAUUAGGACAAUGUGUGAUGGAAUAAAGGAUAAGCAGAUGGUGAGGUGGCAUAGGAAUAGGGAGAGUGGAAAGAAAGCUAGAUGGGACAUAACACCCCAUUAUAGUGAGAAGCUAGAGGUUGAGAAGGAGAGGGCCAAAUAUUGCAAACCAAUUCAAGCUGGUGUGGACUUAUGGCAAGUUACAAGUGGGCAGCAAACCCAUGCUGUUAACUUGCAAAUGCACACAUGUGGGUGCAGAAAAUGGGACCUAAGUGGCAUCCCAUGUAACCAUGCCAUCUCAGCAAUAAACAAGGCCAAAAGAAAACCAGAGGAUUAUGUCAGCAAGUUCUUCAAGAAAGAAAUUUAUCUGGCAGCUUAUGAACCAAUGAUCUAUCCAGUUCCUGGUGAGCAUGACUGGACAAGGACCCCUGGUCCAGACAUUGACCCACCUGCAUUUAAAGUGAAGAGAGGAAGAAAGAAAGAGAAGAGGAUCAAGGGGAAAUUUGAAGUCCCAAAGCCUAAGGAGACAUCAAGAAUGGGGACUAUAACAUGUGGCAAUUGUGGACUGCAAGGACAUAGGUACACAAGCUGCAACAAGCAGUUGAAGCCUGAGCUGGCUUUGAGGAAGAACAAACAUGUGCCUCUUGCAAGGAAUUCCAAUGCUGGUGCUGCUGCUACUACACAAGCAUCAACAACUUCUCAUCCAACUCCUACAACAACACCAACAGCUGGAAGAGGAGCUGGGAGAGGAGCUGGGAGAGGGGUUGCAGCUGCAGCUGCUGGGACUGGUGCUGCUAGAGGUGCUGGUAGAGGUGCUGCACCAGGUGCUGGGAGAGGGAGAGGUGCAUUCUCUGCCCCAAGGCAAUCUGGUCCCUCCACAUCUACUGCUCCCUCUACAUCUACUGCUACUCCACCUUCUGGUGGUAGAAACAGAGGAUGGAGAGCCUACUUCUAUGCAAGUGGUAACCACUAA